CUGCGCUGGUGCCGCCGCCGCCCGACCGAGGCUGCGCCCGCGUCCCUGCGCCCCCGGCCCUCGCGCCGAGACCCCGGCGUGUCCGCGGGCCAGCCAGCUUCGGCCCCCGCCCCCGGGCAGGCUUCGCAGAUCCCUCCUGGCUCCUGACUGCGCCCCAAUGAAGAAAACCAACAUGUGGUUCUUGGAGAGGUUUCGGGGAUCGGGGGAGAAUGGAGCUGCGGGGGGUGAGGGCGGGGACAAGGCCGCCAAGGGGCCCCUGUACAGCAACGUGCUCACGCCGGACAAGAUCCCGGACUUCUUCAUACCCCCCAAGCUGCCCGCCGGCCCCGCCGAGCCCGAAGCGCAGGCCGAGCUGGGGCCCUCGACCUCGGAGCAGAACCUGGCCUCCGCCGCGCCCCGCCGCGCCCCCCGGAGCCCCCGGCUGCCCGCCAAGCUGGCCGCCGAGAGCAAGAGCCUACUGAAGGCGGCCACCCGGCACGUGAUCCAGAUCGAGAGUGCGGAGGACUGGCCGGCCGAGGAGACUGCCACCAACGCCGACCCCCAGGCCCAGGGGGCGAUGUCGCUGCCCUCGGUGCCCAAGGCCCAGACGUCCUACGGCUUUGCCACGCUCGCCGAGAGCCCUCACACGCGGCGCAAGGAGUCCCUGUUCCAUAGCGAGCACGGGGCUCUGGCCCAGGUGGGCUCCCCAGGCACCCGGCGCCGUCGGGGGGGUGUCAAGGCCAACGGGGGGGACGGGGGGCCCAGGGAGGCCGGCGGCACCCUCAUGAGUCCCGGCCGCUGCGUCAGCGGCGGGGAGAGCGACACGGGGUCCUCGGCCGAGUCCUCACCCUUCGGCUCCCCCCUGCUCUCGCGCUCCGUGUCGCUGCUCAAAGGCUUCGCCCAGGACAGCCAGGCCAAGGUGAGCCAGCUCAAGCACUCUGUGGGCCGCCAUGGCUCCCUGUCGGCUGACGACAGCACGCCGGACACCAGCCCCGGGGCCCGGCGCCGCCUGCACCGCAGGGCCACCCCGGAGCCCGGCCCGGAGUCUGGUCCGGCGUCCCGCGCGGAGCACGCCGUGCGCAUGGGCCCGCGGGGCAGCGUGCGCCUCCUGGCCGAGUACGAGGCGGCCCAGGCCCGCCUGCGCGUGCGCCUGCUGGCGGCCGAGGGCCUAUAUGACCGGCUGUGCGACGCCCGCAGCAUCAACUGCUGUGUGGGCCUGUGCCUCGUGCCGGGCAAGCUGCAGAAGCAGCGCAGCACCAUCGUCAAGAACAGCCGCCACCCAGUGUUCAACGAGGACUUCUUCUUCGACGGCCUGGGUCCGGCCAGCGUGCGGAAGCUGGCUCUCAGGAUCAAGGUGGUGAACAAGGGCAGCAGCCUCAAGCGGGACACGCUGCUCGGGGAAAAGGAGCUGCCCCUGACCUCCCUGCUGCCCUUCUUGUAGAGACCCCCUGCCUCCCUCGGGCCGCGGAGACCCCGCCCCCUCCCGGGUCCUGCAAGGGAGGCCACGGCCACGCCCCCUUCCGGACCCUGCAAGUGAGCCCUGAUGCUGCGGCCCCUUUUGGGGGUGUCCUGAGUCAUGCUGUUUUCCAGGGGUUACUUGAGACAGGGCUGCUGGGGAAAAGAAAGGGCCAGCUUGCCGGGCUGAGUCCCUCUAUACCCCAAGUUUCAUGCCCCCACCGCAGCCAGUCACUGCUUCUGGAGUUCUGGAACCUGGGCCGGGAAGUAGCAGAGGUUGACCACAGACCCAGAGACUGCGGGUCCUGAGGACCAGGCAGGUCUUCUCUGCGGCACGAGUGUCCUCCUGCCCCAGGCCUGACGGACGCCCCCUAGAGAGGGGUGCCAGGCAGUGCGGGGCCCCAUGGGGCUGUGGGAGGACCCCCUCCUGCCUUAGGCUGUCUGGGCAGCCCUCAGUCCUCCCAGGCUCCGUGAGAGCCGGUCAGAGGGAGGAGGGUGCCACCCGGUCUGAGAGCCACUUCCCGGCAAAGACAGGCAGCUGAGGAGGAAGUCCCAGAAGAAGAGGAGAAUGAUGGCUCUGCCCCUCAAGUGGGACAGCCCUCCAUCACCUUCUCUUAUCCGGCCCUGCAGCCCUGCUGGACGUCCAGAGCCUUCGACCUCUGGAAGGCUAGCUCAGAUCCUGCCCAGAGAGCAGCACCAGCUGGCGGCCCCUGCUCCUUCCUGUCUUCGACCCCUCCUGAGCAUGGUCCUCAGCAGCCCAGGAAGUGCUGUUUAGGAACAGACAGCUUCCGCUUUUACUCCACAGGUGUACAUAGGUUCUGGCUAGGGUGGGUGGGACAAGGGGCAGCUGGGGAGACCUUGCUUGUGGCUUUUCAUGCUGCUAACACAGCUGCAUGGGCUUAACUGUCCUGUCAGUAUGUGUAUCCUCAACUGAUUUUUGUGGCUCAGCCAAACAGAAAUGACACACUCUGAAACAGGGCCUCCUGGGCUGCCUGCUGGGUGACGAUGGACCAGGCCGGUUUGUGGGGAUCCUGGGUGCCCCUCCCAGUCCAGAAGUUGUCCCCCCACCUCCAGCUCUGGGUUUCCAAAUUACCCUGGGGGAGGGGUGAAGGAGCUGGGGCUGGAGGGGAAGCACACAUUCCCUUCUGCACACCUGGUGAGACAUACCCAUGCCCUUGAGCCUAAGACUGAAGGCCCCUGGCCCUGGGGUCCCUAGCUGCGCGCCCUCUUGCCUCUGUCCUCUGCCUGCCCCUCAGGCUUUCUGGUCCUGGGGACCACCCAGGCCAGGCCUGUGGGCAGAGAAGGUGGACAGAAAGCCCCGCAUGGACUUAGAUGCUCAGACUUGCCGCCCCCUUCUCUGACCCCAACCGCUCCCACCCCCUGCUUUAUCCCUGGGGACCCUCAUUUUCUAGGCCCCCCGCACUGUUUGAUAUCUCUGUGUUUGAAGUUGACUGUGGGUACAUCUUGAAGACAUCCUCCCCCAAGUGUUUGUUUAUAAAUGCUGUUUUUAGUGCAAUAAAGGUGUUUUGGGGAUGUGGGGGUGGAACUCUGCUGGCUUUGGUGUUUAAUAACAAGAGAGGAAUUUUGCCUUGAAUUCCAGGGAGGGUGGCGGAAACCUUCAAGAUCCGUAAAGGCCUCCCCACCCUUUCAGACCCAAUGGGGCUCUCCUGCUCGUGGGGGCGGCACAGAAGCAGGACUGCAGCAGGGCAAUGUCCCCAGGGACCCUCAUGCCCUGUUAUAAGGACAGCUGCAUGCAGGCAGCGCUCUUACCCCCUGAGGCCAUGAACGUCCCCCUCACAGGUGCAGAGACUAGCCUUCUGGUCACCCACCCGAGACACUCUGGCCACACCCUCAGUCUAGAUGUGAACCCAUACCCUCCCUGCAACCACAGGCAAGAGAGAUGCCAGGGCUGCCCCUUCUGUGCUCUGUCCACUUGGGGACAGAGGGCAGCUAGGGAGGCUCCAAGCCAUUCACGUCUGUGCCUUCCCACAUCUUGUUCUCUCUGCCUGGAAUGCCUCCUACCCCCACGCCCCCACCCCCACUCACCUGCUUUCAGACUCUAGUUGACGUGGCACCUCCUCCAGGAAGCCUCUCUCUGCUGUGUUUCCCUUCCCAUCUCAGCUCAUAGGCCAUUUGAGGUCCUGUCUGUCCCCAACUCCAGGGCCUGCAGAUUUAUCUCCCUGAAAGGCCAUCUCCAGUCCCAGGGAACCUACUGACAGCACGUGGAAAGCUGUGGCCUGGCCUGGUCUCUGGACUCAUGCAAGGUUGCUGGAGAACCAGGGAGCUAACAGUGAAGGCCCGAGUGUCCCAGCCCUUCCCCCUGCUUGCCCUUGAAGAACCGCCAGCUUUUCCCACUUGUGUUGACCUCACCUUCCCCCACCCCCUUGGGAAGUGGUGUCCUUGACCUGGGAGACGCAGCAGUGCUUGAGGACCCAGCAGUGCUUGCCCUGGGGGGCAGGCAGUGCUUGAGGACCAGAGCAGGUCUGCAGCCCAGGACUGCUCAGCCUUCAGGAGUGUCGGAGCUGUAGCUGGCAUGGGUUGCAUUUGCUCCAUUUGACAGAUGGAGAAACUGAGGCCCAGGGCUUGGAAGCAGGCCAGCUGUGCCUUCAUUGAUUCAUUUUGCAGGGCUGGGUGCUUC